AUGUACUCUGUCCCCACCGUCGAUACCGAUCGUGAAGGGUGCAAUGUGGCGUCCGAGGACUUAUCUCUGGCGUUCGAUGGCGUGGCUGCGUUGGGCCUGUCUGCUGCCGCAAUUACCGGAGAAAGUACACCACAACCUUCUCAUCUUCGAGAAUAUCUAUUGAAGCUUUUGAUUCUGGUAGCAGAUACCGUCGAGAACGGGCCUAUCAAGCAGGUGGUCACGAUACAAGAAGGGAAAUAUCUUGUUAAUGGAAAGGAGGUCCCGUCUGUUCCUCAGCACGAACGAUGUACAGCUUGCGCCAGACGCCACCAAGAGUGCUCUGGAUGGGACGGAGUCCCAUGUGCUGCUUGCCUUUCCUCUGGUGGACGGAAAUGCUCGAAGAGUCAAAUCACUGGCUCAACUGGAGCAACGACGUACAACGGGCGACCAGUAUACGCCGAGCCACCGUGUGGUCACUGCCUGAAGAAGGGAUUUGACUGUACCGGACUUCCGCUCGGACGUUGCGAUUCUUGUAGAGAUUUGCGUCACCGCUGCUCCCGGUCCAUGAUCCAAACCCGUCUCCGCCAGAAAGAUUCUUCGACUUUUUCAAUCGUCCCCUACCUCAAAUCUCAGAUAUCGCUCCUGCCGGAAGACAUCAGAUAUCGUAUCACGUAUAAUAUCCGGGGCGUCGACAUUUCUGUCGACAUCCUACCGCCUAAUCUACGACCCCAGACUUCCGACUCCGAAUCCGAUACGAGUGUCGUUCCCCUCGGGUGGAUCGAAUUUCAAUCUACCGACGUGUGUCCUGUGGUAGAACUCGGACGCCCGGGCGAUGUAUGGAUACGCUCGCCCAGCGAAAACUCCACACAGCCGUCCUCAGAGGUGGUAUACGUAUGCGGAGAGUUAGAUGGGAACGGUGCUGCGCAGUGGUCCCUCGUUUCAUCGGAGCAGCUGCACCAAUCGACGAGGAAAGAUCCGCUCAGACACCCUCUUGUUCGCGGGUGCGUUUUUGGGAGGUCUGAAACGCUAAGAUACUGCUGGAGAGAAAUAUCUGACGAACCGAGUGAACCGGAACCCAUCAUAGGGAAUAAAAGGGCAUUGGAUACCAUUGCUGAUACGGCGGACAUAACGAUCGCUGCCCCACCUGGAGCCAAGCGUAGCCGCCAAUCGCAAGAUCCUCACAGUCACCACGUCCACUUCUCCCCAUUCGUAAUCGUUCGACAUUGCACCCCUUUGUCUCCUCUUCCAUCGCGCUUCCAAGAAUUUGCCACCCAAACCAAACCAAAGAAACGUUCGCCUCGCAGGCCACGAGGGCAAAUAGUCUCCUUUGAUGGUGAUGGUGCUGCGACCGCGGUACCACUCCCCUCCGGUGAAGCGCAGAAUAUCAAUACUCAAGCGAUAGCGUCUACCGAGGGCAAACCAUCUCUCGAAGUCGAGCCGCGUGGAACUGUUUCCGCAGGUGCUCCAGCGGGUAUCGACUCUCCCGGAAUACGACUUUCUGACUCAGACCACAUCAUAACUCCCUCAGAAUCCAACCCCUCUGAUGUUCCUCGCGAUAUGUCCUCGGAAAAUACAGCGAGGGUCGAGCUUUCCGCUGGCGGUGACCUCAGUUCCUCCGAAAGUAGCCUUCCCGCCCGUCUUCCAGUAUCAGACACUACAGCAUCCCUUACAUCUUCUCCCAACGACCAACCCAACUCUGGAACGAUCACUCAUACACCGACUUACGUUCCUUCACCAACCGACUCGAACUCACGGGCAACAACCGAGGACGGACCACAGACAAUCAUGGCAUCGAUGGAAGGCGGCGUCACAACCCUUUGGAAGGUCUUGAGUCAGGUUCAUGGUGGCGACUUCGAUGCGGUGAUGAUCGAUACGUGUGAGGGACUUGUACUGGUGUUGCAGCAGCUUCAGGGGAAGUAUCGCGCUUCCAUCGCUGACGAGAGUAGUAAAGGUUCUUGA